AAAAAGCAAAAGAUGAAUGGGAAUAACUGUCAUGGCGCAUGGUGACAGUAAACAAAACUUGUCAUAUUGUCUAUACUAUCAGUAACCUAUAGUCAUGGGCCGUCUAUAAUCAAAGUAGACUAUUUUUAUUAGUGUGUCAUUCUUUUAAUUUUAAAAGAAAGUAUUGUAAGAACUUUUGAUUUUAAAUCACUGAUGCCAUCAACCUUGAAAUGAUGGACAAAGAUAUAGAUGAGUUACUAGAUGAAGUCGAGACUAAAUUUGUGAAACCGGGGUCGAAGGAUAGAAUGGAAAGUACCAAGAGCUCUAGAUUAAAUACCAGUGAAAAAAAGAGGUAUUGAAUUAUGAUAUCACAUCUCUUGGAAAUAGCGUAUUAUUCAUUUGCCACGAACAACUUACAAUAAAUAGAUAAAUAAUACUUAUAGCUUAUACUUAUACUUAUAGUCUAAAAUAAUAAUAUUUACUAUUACUAGACUUAGACUGCAUUGUGUCUAUAUGAAUAUGACUAUAUUAAAGCUCGCGACUUGCCUACCCUACUUAGUUGAGAAUCCUUUAUUUUAAAAGAAUAAAUAUUUUACUAUACUAUAUUAAAUUAAAAUUAAGCAGGUAUAUUAUUAUAAUUUAUAGGCCCUAAAUGAAUAUUAUUAAUAAUUACAUUAUUGCAGUUUAAGUUUUGCCUGCCUACAAAAAACAUAAUGUAACUUAAAAUAUAGCAUUCUAGCAUGGUGUUGAAAGACUGUUUGUUUCACAUGCAUGUAAUAGCAUCCAGAGCACAGACAUCUUUUAAAAUUUUCUUUAUGUUUGGGUGCUGAUUCCUCUCCUUGUCCAUACAUUCUUAGACAUUUUGCAGAAUGUUGCGCUGCCUCUUGCAAUAUGCUAUUCAAAGGUUCACCUCAUCAUCAAUGUUUACGCUUUGGGCAGUGUGCUGAACCCUAGCCUGCAUACUAUCCUGGCAUUGCUUCACCUUUAAAAUACAACUUUUGGGGCAUCCAUAUCUGUACAUGAUCUUCCAGAGACCUUCUCUGCUGAAAGUGUCGAAAGCCUUGGUCAGUUCUACAUAGGUGAAGAAGAGGUCAACAUUCUGUUCAUGACCCUUUUCCCACAGCUGGCUGGCUGCAAACACCUUAUCAAUAGUUCUACGCUCUUUGCGAAAACUGCAUUGAUUUUCUGGCAAAAUGAUGCCAGUUAGGCCGGUUUAGAAGGAUUCUAGCGAGUAUCUUGCCUGCAAUGGAGAGCAAAGAUAUGCCACUGGAGUUGUUACAGGAUUGAUGGUUCCCUUUACGCUUGUACAAGUGAACUAUUGAUGUGUCCUUAAAAUCCUGUGGUAUCGUCUCUUGCUGCCACAUAAGUAGGAACAGCUGGUGAAGCCUUUCAGUCUGUUAUGUGCCACCUUCCUUGCAUAUUUAAGAUGGCAUGGAGUCAUCACCUGGAGUUUUGCCACUCAAGAGCAACAUAUAGCUUGUUGCAUCUCGGUUAAGGUGGGGGGGUGGGGGUCGCUUCCAUUUCUUGCUUGAUUCGCUCUAGCAGUAGUCAAUUUAUGAUGGAUGAAGAGCGAUUAAGGAUUCUCUCAAAGUGUUCAGCCCAGCAUUUGAUUUUUUUUUGCUCAAUUAUCAGAGUUUUCUCAACAACACUCUGAAGUGGGGAUGAUCCUUAUAAAGUGGGGCCGUGAAGUGGGGAUGAUCCUAAUAAAGUGGGGCCGUGAUGUGGGGAUGAUCCUAAUAAAGUUUGGCCGUGAAGUGGGGAUGAUCCUAAUAAAGUGGGGCUGUGAAGUGGGGAUGAUCCUAAUAAAGUGGGGCCGUGAAGUGGGGACGAUCCUAAUAAAGUGGGGCCGUGAAGUGGGGGAUGAGCCUAAUAAAGUGGGGAUGAUUCUAAUAAAGUGGGGAUGAUCCUAAUAAAGUGGGGCCAUAGACUUUUAGAGGGUGAAGUGGGGAUGAUCCUAGUAAAGUGGGGCCGUAGACUUUUUUAGGGUGAAGUGGGAAUGAUCCUAAUAAAGUGGGGCGGUAGAUUUUUUUGAGGGUGGAGUAGAAAUUUCUCAGAUCUUUUUGUCCUUUUAGCCUUGGAUCGGGUCAGCCGUGUCACUCAACCAUUUAUCCUGUAUUUUACAUAGCUUUUGCUGCACCAUUCUUAUGAUGUUGAAUGUAUCCUUCCAUGGAAGUGAACGCAAGUUGUGAAGAAAGGUGUUCCUUCAGCAGCUUACCAUACUAGUCUUGAUUGUUUUUGGAGCUUGGUCCUAGUAAUGCUGAAUUGAAUUCUAUGUUGCAAAUUUUCAGCGAUGUGGUUUCCAGACAUUCUUCCAGAGCAUCUAAAAAGUUUUUGUUUUUUUAUAGUCUGGCUGUUCAACUUUGGGGUUUCAGGCAUUUGGGGGAUAUUCUUCCACCGUGGCUGUCUUUUGGGUUGUAAGUGAAAGUUGAGCUUGCUUAUGAUGAGACAAUGAGUGCAACAUCCUGCACCACACACAGACUUGGUUACACACAUUCUGACUGUUCUUUCUCCUGAUGAUAACAUAUUCAAUGCCCAUGUUUUGAGUGUGGGGGUGGGGGGUGCAUCCAGGAUGUCCAAUUAUAUCCGAGGCGAUUUGAUCACAGCCCAUUCAAGCAUUGAAGUCACCAAGAAUUAUGAGCUUGACCUGCUUCAGAAGAUUAGCUAUGACAGAGUGGAGAUCCUCAUGGAACUUGAUCAUUACUUCAUCUAUGUUGAUUCUUGAUUGAUCAUAGCAGUUGAUGAUAUAGAGGUGUUUUUUUUUCAGAUAAGAGAGGAUGUUUCAUUAUCAUUAUUGUAUUAUUAUCUGCCCUGGAAUUCCAGCCAGCAUUCUUAUCAGUGCAGAUUUGAUAGCAUAAGCAACACCAGUCUCAUGAUGUCUUUGUUUCCUCUGCCACUAUAAAAGGUGUAUCCAGCGUCCCUUUUGCAGUUUGCUGUCUCCUUUAAGCUGAGUCUUACUAAGGGCUACAAUAUCUACAUUGUACCUGGCUAGUUCAUUUCCUAUAAGGGCUGUUCUCCUUAGCUGUCUGUCCGAGUCAUUUUUGUCCUGAAGAGGGUGCACAUUCCAAGUACUGAUUUUCAGAGGGAUAGUUUUGAUCUUAUGUUUUGACCGUCUUGAGUUCAACUGCAUGAAUAUGGUCCCUUCAACUGCAGUAGGCUGGAUAAGGAAGGAUAGAGGAGACAUGAUUUUUUUACCCCCUACGCCCUGCCAUAGAGGUGAGCGGUGUAUUCCUAAAGAGAGCUUCUCAGUCACUCAGGGGGCUUCUCAUUCAAUAAGGUGCCUAGGAUACAACUGCUGCUCAUUUACAGUGAUGAACGACCCUAUGAGCCUGAGCCACCCUUGUGCAGAUUUGCGACAAAGGCUGUCAGUGUACUCACACCUGCCGCUUUGAUGCUCACCCAUCGCCACAGGACUUUGUAAACGAUGAAAAAAAAACUAGGCUGUAUUGAUGAUUAAAAUCACUUGUGCUGUGACUUUUAUUUAAGUUAGGAAGAGUCGUGCAAAUUGUCAACCUCACUCUCUCUGUCCCAAUGCCACUGGUGUCCAGUAACAAGACAAAUUUGAGAUGGCUCAGGAUGGGAUUUUUUCCAGUGAAUGACCAUGGCAUUCUACAUGUCUUGCCAUGCUGAGUAAUUUAUCUUGCGUUGCUGUCUCCGCAUUUCUGCCUGUUCACCAACUAGAGGUUCCUCCACUGGAUUCAUGCUAUGGGGAAGUAAGCCUUGUUUACUAAAGAAAUGAGUUCCUUUCGGCUACCCUUAACCUGGUUUUGCCAGCUAGUCGAAGCCAUUUGUUGCAGUGUGGCCAGUGUGCCUGCUACAGCGUCUUGGAGCCACAGCUAAGCAUCACAUGGGGAUAUUGAUUAGCUGCCUAAGAGAGGUACAACUGCUGCCACUGCACAAUCAGAGGUACGACCCUCCAUAAGUACCUCAUGCACCACUCAAUACUGGUACUUAUGAUGUGACUGCAGUGAAUUAUUUGUUAAAUAAGUGUGUUUCAAAUUAAACUUGGCAUCUCCCCAUACUUUCUAUUUUGUGUCUCUGAAACAGAAUGGUAUUAGAUGAUUGAGAGUGGUUAGUUUAACAAACAGAAUCAUGAAACUGAAUGUUGUAUUAAGGGACUUCAUGUGCCAAAAGUAUCACUUAUAAUUUGUCUAAUAUACACAAACCAUCAUCUCUCCAUUGAUUUGUUUUACAUAAUUAUAUUUUAACUCUGAAGAAGGAAAAAAAAAAGCAACUCUUGCUGUUUAUAAUCACAUCAUAAAUUAAUAUCAGAACAUUUGAUAAUGAUAUAAAUGUGCUAGAACAUGCUCUUUCACUUUAUAGAAAUGCGCAGAAACAUUUUCUCACACUUUAAAGACAUGAUAUUGUUCUUUUACUUCAUAGAAAUGUGCUAGAACAUAUUCUUUCACAUUUCAGUUAUCAAGUGUAAAUUUUAGUUAUGUUCUUAUAUUUGUACAAUUUUGAUCAUUUUUUUAACAUGACUAAUUCACUUGAAUUUUUAUUUUAUAGUUCUGCUCUCGAUGCUGUCAUCAAUGACAUUCUUGAUAUAGAGGUAGAGAAGAAAGAUUUGAACAGUGUAUGUCAAUUUAUAAGUGUGUGUCUUUUAAAAUCAGGUUUAAUUAUUUUUUAAAAUGUUUAUUCUCAUUUAUUUUACAAAGAGUGGGGGCAUUUAGAGGGCACGGUUCCCUACCCUGUAUAGGUCUAGUCUUCAAUGUUGAAAGUAAUGCAUUACCAAAAAUAAAAAAAGAUGAUCUUUUGUGGGUAAUGCACCCAAGGAAUUCAAAUACUUGAUUUACCUCUAUGAUUUAUCUGUUUAACUUUUAUCAAAAUGGAAGUUUCAUGUUCAAAUCAAAGCAUACCUUGUGUGUUGUUAAUUAAAGAAAGGAUCUCUGUUUAAUUAGUCCUACUUCAAAUUCCAGAGUUAUGACAGGAACCAACUGAGGUCAUCCCUUUCAGAUGAAGCCAACAAAUGUGAACACGGAAGAAGGUAUUAUAAGUAGAUUCGGGCUUACGCAUUUUACAUAAGAUGUAGUUGAUGUUACUGAUGAACAAAUUCACUGUCUGAAAAGUCCUGUGGGAUGGGUUUAAUGUGUUUGACUACAAGAACUGACUUAAAUUCAUUAUGCAAUCUGUUAUCUGUUUGAGUAUAGCCACUGUUUCAAGCAUUUAUCAUUGUAAUGACAUAAGAUAUAUUCAAUGUCAAAUAGUUCUAGAUAAAAAUUAUAUUAAUUAAUAUUGCCUUAGAAUCGUAAUCUAUACAUUUGGAAUUCUUCUUAGUUGCAAGGUUCCAGCCUUUUUCUUUAACACAGACCAAUAUAGACCAUAAUGAUUAUCUGCAACUAACACUACUUUCACUUGUUUAUAACAAUUUAAAACUUGGGUAUACAUUACUGAUAUUGAAUAUUAUGAGAUGAUGACCAAGGCAAUAUUCGAUUUAGUAGUAGCCUUGACUUGAGCUCAGUUGCUCAGUCUCACUCUCUCAUCCUUGCCUACUUGAUCUAGUGGCAAGACUUAGUCAAGACGACUGGACAUUUACCAGGACGCGGAAGAUGACCAGCAGUGCUACUGUGCUCUUUAUGCAUUCCACUUCACAGGAGCUGUCUGAGUUUUCAUUGUGUCAGUGUCACAUCGCCUACAGUUUUCAGAGUUUGCCUUCUGAGGUUAACGAGUCCCAUCCGCCCGGGGUGCUGGUGUUGUUUUUUGCUUGUCAUGGUUAUUGCCGAGGAUAGAACUCCGGUUGACUCAGUUUAGACCGCUCGGCCACCCAGCACCACAAAUAAUAAUGUGUUCUUUCAUUUUGCCAUAGGUGCUUUCCAGUUUUUCUUGGUGGUAGCUCAGAUGAAACUGGCUUGGGUUCAAGUAUAAAUAGAAGGUAUAAAUUAGCAACAUAUUUUUUAAAAUAAUUAUUUUACAUGGAUUGUACUGUAAUCUUCUACAUUGAAAAUAUCUACUUCUUUAAUUAAACUUAAGUGUCAUGAGUCCACAGAUUUCUUUGUUAUUUAAGUUAAAGUUUUGUAUUUGUCAAUUAAUUGUGUUUUCUUAGUCACAAAAAGGUGAAUCCGAAGAUCUUGAUAAAAAAUUGUAACUGAAUCCUGGGGAAUAUAAUAUCUUCCAUUGUGGUUACAAACAGAUACAAGAAUAAUUUUUCAAAAUCAAUGUUUAUAUGAGUCUGCAGCCAUGGAAUAAAUUAUACAGUCGAACCUGCUUGUCUCAACUUCGGUUAACUCGCCAACCCUGCUAUGUCGACGUGUACAAAACGUUGUUAUGAGCAGCCAUUCACCGUCACUUGAAUAAUGGCUUUGCCGUGGUACUACGUCAGAGUUUCAUUCAUAAGAGUUUACCGUGUGCAAAAGCUAUUAAACCAUUGGUCAGGGAAAGCUUUUAUUAAAUAGUCAUGUGCCAAAGUUGAAAGUUCAAAAUAAGUAGUCCCCAAACAGUAUUUUAGUAAUAAGGGGAUGCGUUGCCUUAUAUUAUAUAAACUAUAUAGUCAUUGCACAAGACACGAUCAGCAAAAUGAGGUCUCAAAAUGUGAAGGCUUCGUCAAUAGUAGAAAAUACCAAACGAACUUGCAUUUUAAAAAUUUGUAGCUCAAAAAAGUGCGUGAGUUACAAAGUUGAUUCUGGUUUCAUUUUUUUUAAAAUUUGAAAUUUGCUCUAAAUAACUGUAAUAUUUAAAAAAAUUAUUAAUUUUUUUUUUUUUACUGAAGUACCUGCAUUUAUUUACGCACAUCAUGUACAUAAAGAAAUUUGAAGCACAUGUUUAUAUAUUGCCGCCAUAUUGGUUUUCGGUUAUCUCGAUCAUCGGUUAUCUCGACGCUCUUUGGCGAACCCUGAGGCCAUCGACUUAACCGGGUUAUACUGCAUUACUAAUCAGAUCAAGAGAUAUGAUAUACCAGACUUUAUAAACCUCUCUCUCUUCACCUUGCAUCAACAGAUCAUGCGAUCGGUUACGGUGCACAUCAUGUGAUUUUAGAGUCUGCUUCUUUGAUAAUCUUUCAUGGAGUAAGGACACUGAUUAUCUUUUUCUCCGAAACAAUGUACCAGAACUACAAAAGCUUAAGUCAAAGCUCAGUAGGAAAAAAGGUCGGUUCUCAGAUACAUACAUUUUGAAUUUGAUUCCAAAAUAUUUAAACUCUUUUCUUAGCCAUUAGCCCUGCAAAUAAAGCAGAGUACCUCCACCAUUUUAUCACUGCAGUGAGUACCUCCACCAUUUUACCACUGCAGUGAGUACCUCCACCAUUUUACCACUGCAGUGAGUACCUCCACCAUUUUAUCACUGCAGUGAGUACCUCCACCAUUUUACCACUGCAGUGAGUACCUCCACCAUUUUAUCACUGCAGCGAAUACCUCCACCAUUUUAUCACUGCAGUGAGUACCUCCACCAUUUUAUCACUGCAGUGAGUACCUCCACCAUUUUAUCACUGCAGUGAGUACCUCCACCAUUUUACCAUUGCAGCGAAUACCUCCACCAUUUUAUCACUGCAGUGAGUACCUCCACCAUUUUAUCACUGCAGCGAAUACCUCCACCAUUUUAUCACUGCAGUGAGUACCUCCACCAUUUUACCACUGCAGUGAGUACCUCCACCAUUUUAUCACUGCAGUGAGUGCCUCCACCAUUUUAUUAAUGCAGUUCAAACUACUUCCCAACACAUCUCUUUUUAAUUUCUAUUCUUGUCAAGUAGUUUGUUGUCCUGUUCAUUACAACUCCUAGAGCAGCGGUUCUCUCCUACCUGUGGGUCGUGACCCAUUUGGGGGUCGAACAACCCUUACAUUUGGGUCGCCUAAAACCAUAAGAAAAGACAUAUUUAUGAAGUAGCAACGAAUAAAUUUAUGGUCGGGGGGUAGGGGGGGGGGUAACACCACAACAUGAGGAACUAUAUUAAAGGGUCGCGGCAUUAAGAAGUCGCCUAAAACCAUAAGAAAAGACAUAUUUAUGAAGUAGCAACGAAUAAAUUUAUGGUCGGGGGGUGGGGGGGGGGGGGUAACACCACAACAUGAGGAACUAUAUUAAAGGGUCGCGGCAUUAAGAAGGUUGAGAACCCCUUUCCUAGAGGAUGUGUUCUACCUAUUAGAAUUUGGUUUGAGGUUGAGCUAUUUUCACAACUGUUAUCCACCAAACUACUUGAGAUUUCUUUACAAGAAUUUUCUUUUUUAAUUUCAUGGUUGGCAUGUCAGCAUAUUCAACAUCCUUUUUCUUACAUAGUAAUUCAGCUUUUAUGAAACCAUAUUUAGAUUAACUCUCAUUUUAGAUAAAGUAUAAGCCAUUUUAGAUUAUGUACGGUAUAACAACAAAGUAACAAAGGGAAGAAACAGAAACGGUCGAAGGUAAUUUCAUUAAAUGCACAAAGGAAGAGGCUAGUUUAGUUGGUGAAAAAGGGUUUUAUGAUAUGUAAGACUUUUUACUUUCAUAAAUGACAAAAUCAUGUUUCAAAGCUCAUUUUUGAAGCCUAACAGAAAUUGUGAUGAAAUUUCAGCUAUCAUUACUGCUUACCUCAAGGGAUAAUAAAUGUAUCUUAAAUGUUUAAAUAAUAGAAAAAAUGCUUAGAGAUGUGAUAUAAAAAUUUGGCCUUGAAUAUUCAUACACUGUAACUGUAAGAGGCCGCAGGAUUUUACAUCGACAUUGCUGCACGUUGCAAGGUAAAUCAUAUCUGGUUUAAUAUUUCAGGAUGCAGAGCUUACUGUUGUCAAUGCAGCUGGCGGAAUGUUCAAGAACCAUGUGAACUCAAUGACCCUAACCUUAAAUGGGUUUGUGGAAAACAUGUGUCAUGAAACCCUUUAAAACCCCAAUAUUUUUCACAGUCUUUAAUUUUUAAUAGGCUCAAACUAGCCAGUUGGAAUUCAAAAUGGUUUUUUUUUUUUUAAAUGAUAAUGGGACUGUGCAAAUUCUUAGAAGUAGGACAUAACAAUAAAUAUAUAUUAAAAAAUUUUGCUUUUAUAUAUCUUGCCAUGAGGUAGGACAUAACAAUAAAUAUGUAUUAAAAAUUUUGCUUUUAUAUUUGAUAUAUGUGUAGCCAGUGUUAGAAUUGAUUUAAUUGUGACACUCACUUGAAUUGGAAUAUGUCAAAUAUAAAGCUUAGUUUAAAAUAAUUCCAUCUACAUAACAUGAAAGAGCUGACAUACAUUUCUGGAAAUUAAUACAUGAUUUAAUAUAAUUUGUAAUGACUUUCAACCAGUAAUUACUUAAGUUAUAAUAAAAUAUAUUUAUCAGCUUUGUAAGAAUACUAUAUUUGACUGUCAAAUAACUUUAAAAGUUUCAUUGGUGAAGUUAAAUAACUUAAAUAAUUUUUCAUUUUCAAACUUUAAUUUUUAUAUUUUUUUUAUUAAAAACAAAAGUAUUAAAUAAAUAUAAAUAUCAGCAAAUUCUCAAGUAGUGUAUCUAAGCAAAUUAAAUGAAUUAUUGUAUUGUUUUGGAAAAUAUAUGUGUUAUAUUCUUAUUUCAUAAUUUUUAACAUCAGUAAAUGUGAAUAAAAAAUGUGUUCUAUUUCUUGACUCACCCAGACAUUUUGUAUUUUCUAGUUAUACAAAAAGUCUGAUUCAAAUUUUUACAUUUUGAUCCUGUACUACCAUCUAUCUAUUCAUAAUAUCUAAAUAAACUUUUUUAACAUUAAAAUGUAUGCUCAGAAUUCUAUUUGAAUUGCGACAUCUGCUGCAAUAAAAUAGUUUUCUGAAAUGCAGUUUUUGUAACAUUCAACGAGUAAACAAAAUAAAAUGGCAAUAGUUAAGCCUUGACUUAAUUAAUAAGCAUCAUUUUAUGAAUAUUUUUAUGUUUAAAUUUUAG